CUGAGAAAGAAGACAGGACACUAACUAGAGCUGCUGCACUGUAGACCAAAAUCACUUAAAGGACCUGCGCCCAAACUCCUCCAUAGUGCUCAGGCUGUCCCUAUUGUCUCCAUAGUUAGAAUACUGAGGACCAUGAAGACCCCUCUCUGGUCCCUGCUGCUGCUGUGUCUGUGUGUCCCGGGACACUGUAGUGAAUGCCAUGGGGACUGCCUGGCCUGUGGCCGCAUCCUGCCGCAGGACAUCAACUUCAACACACUGGUGUGUCUGGUGGAGUGUGAGGGUAACGUGUCCCCUGCCUUCACUUGGGACAUGUGCCGCAAGGCCUCAGCCUCCCCACAGCUACCCUCCCUGCCCAUAGGGGGCGCUGCCAUGCUGACGCGGGCCCAGAAGGAGGUGGAGGCCAUGCUGCCAGAGGAACAAGAGGAACAGGGGGAAGGGGGGCUGAUGUACCCAGUAGCCCUGCAGAGGUUUGACCACGUGGUCCGUGCUCUGGGCAUAGACGAGUUGGGCAGUGAGAGCCGGCUAACCGCUGAUGUCUACAACUCCCAGCUGCCCCAGGAAAUGCAGGAAAGGGACGAGGAAGAGGGGGACGAGGAAGAGGGGGAUAACGCGAUGGAGAGAGAGCAGGACGGAGCGGCGGGGAUAAGUCUGUCGAAGCGCUUCGGGGGGUUCCUGAAGGGAAGGCAUGGCUACAGGAAGUUGAUGGGCUCUGGGAGGCCCUUGCAGAAGCGCUACGGCGGGUUCAUAGGCAUCCGGAAAUCUGCCCGCAAGUGGAACAACCAGAAACGGUUCAGUGAGUUCCUGAAGCAAUACCUGGGCAUGAGCACCCGAGCUAGCAAGUCCUACAACAGUGUCUCCGCUGACAUCAACCAACAGAACAAGGUGUAGCAACGCACACGGCAACUGUAUCCCUGGCAAUGAUGCACAUGUCGUAACCUAGCAACCCCCAACCCCGCCCUACAUAUUCAAAUCCGUCACCAAGGUGAUGAUUAAACUUCUGUUCUGAACACAACCCCCCAUGUAAAUCCACACUGGAGCAUUAUAGAUUCAGUCUUGUAUACUGCAUUUCCUCAUUGAUAACAAUAACAUAUUAUGAAUAAAAGCUAAGAAAAUAGUAUUAAAAAGACCAUGUAUAUAGCUAAAUGGUUUAUCAGAGAAUCACAUUGGAUUAAUAUUAUAGACACACUGUAUUUGUUUUGCUGUCUAUACUGCAUCUGUAAUGUAACUUUUCAAACCAUGUUUGCCUUCAUCAAUUAUGGCUAUUAUUAUUACAUAGGCUAAUUCAGUGUAAACUUCAUGAAUUUAAAUGACUUACUAGUGAAGUUUCCAUGGAUUUCCUGAACCAGUACAGUACAUGAGAGGGAGCUUGUUUGGUGACCGGGCAUGGCACUCUCUUUGUUAGGUUACCCUCUAGUGGCUAACACAAAAAUGACUUUCAGAUUUCCAAUUGAAAAUGGCUAAAAUAUGUUCAUGACUAUCUUAUAUAAUACAAUAUAUAUUAUAACACAAUCUCAGUAUUAGGUUUGUGGAUGGCUUGUAACCUAUUCACAUCUUCACUAACUUCAAUUUCAACCCUGGCUACUAUAAUUUGGAGCAAAACAUCACAAUUAACUGUUACUACUGCAUAAGACUUAAAUUAUAUAUCCAUGCUCAUGUACCAAUGAUCUGUUGGCAGAACUAAUGUUCUGACUUGAGAAUGAACCUUGGCAUGUGUUUUUUGAAGCGGACGCAGAUGUAGCCUAGGUCUAUUCAAUCAGUUCACGUGUUAACCAGCGAUAGCAGAUAUCUGCAUAGUGCAUGUUUUGACGGUGUUGGAGGUGGAACUGCGUCGGAGCUGUCUGUGAGCAACUGCUCUUGCCAUCAUUGUCACCAAGCCACACCCGCCCCACUAGUGAUAAAAGGUAAGAGAAAGUGUAGGCCAUGCUUCCCCAACUGGCGGCCCAACAAUUCAAAUAAAAUAAUUUAACAUAAAAGACAAAAAACAGCAGCAAAUCAGC